AUGGGCUUCUGGUCGCGCAUCGCGCGCGUCCCUCGCGCGGUGAAGAACUCCAUCAAACGCCGCGUCAUGAAGCCGUUCAAAAAGCGCGGAUACUUCCUCACCGAGGAGGAAAAGCGGCGGCUGAACCCGACGCACUUCGACAAGAUCAACGGGCGAUUCCGAAAGUACCACCCCGCCGACGUGAAGGCGAUGAAGCUCAAGCACCGCGCCGAGUUCUUGGCGUUGCGGAAGAAGAUGAUCGCCGCCGCCGCGAAAGGGAGCAAGGCGAAGGAGCGGCAGGUCAUGAGAGCGCUGUUCAACGCGACGCGCGAACGCUCGGACGCCGUGAACGGAGGAGGAGGUGACUUUCGCGCCGACGCCGACGCCGACGCCGACGGGUCGCGGCGACUACAGAAUAAAUCAAAGUGGGGCGUCGCCAAGGCUUCGCUGGCGUUCGGUCUGCCCGAUAAGAAGAAACGCGCGGGGCCGGCGCUCAGGUGGCGCGACGGACCCGCGUUCGCGACGCCGCCACACAUCGCGAGCAUGGACUGCGAGCCGAUGAAGCACGACCCCUCGGACUUGGUACACGGCGACGGCGGCGACGGAUGGGAGCCGGGCGCGACGCGGCGGCGUCCGCCGACGCCGACGCCGGGAAGGUCGACGCCGCUUCGCGACGACUGGGGACGCGCGUUUUCGGAGGUGGACUCGGACUCCGAGCUCGAGUACGAGACGUUCGAGACGGAUUUGGAUGACGACGAAGAUAUGACGUCUAUUCCGAAAACGUUACGACGGCGGCGGAUCAACUUCGACGGCACCCCAGUUUCGUACGCGCGCGCGGGCGCGUCCCUCCGGUGGGAAAACUACGACAAAGAAGAAGAAGCGCGCUCGCGCGCGUACGUAGACUUCCUCAAACAACGCCUCGACGAGUACAACGAGAUGAUGAAGUGGGAGUACCGCGAGCGAUACGGCCGCGCGCGCGCGUGGACGCCGAAGCCGACCCCGGCGUGGAUGAAACAUGAGGCGCCGCCGCCGUGGGCGCUCCGCGCCGGAAGAGACGCGACGACGCGAGAAAACGUCGACGGAUUCGACGACGAAACCAAGCACCGCGUCUUCUCCUGGUGGGCCGCGAUCGACAUGCGACGCGAGGCGGUGAUACAGGAUCUCGAGCGCGUGCGCGUGACGGACGAGACGUGGGGCGAAGAGAGCGCCGCGGAGGCCAGACGCGUCGGCUACGGCGCGAUCCAACGCGCGACGGGACACGCGGCGGGAGCGCCGCGAUCGCUUCCGGAAUACGCGCGCGCGUCGGUGUUAUCGUCUGCGGCGUCUGCGGGGGGAGCGGGGCAGAGCAUCACGUCGAAGGAUCUCCCGAGGCACCUCGCGGCGGGCGCGCUGUUGGAAGAUAAGGACGCGAUGAUGCGGCGGUGGGUCGGGCGGCCGCCGCCGAAGCCUCCGGAGAGCGUGCGGGCGGUGCGACGCGCGAAAAAGUUGGAGGAGAAGCGGUUGAAAGCGGUGCGGAAGGCGGCGUGGAAGCAGGCGCACAAGGAGCUCGUCGCGCUGCGGAAGAUGCAGAAGAAGUACGCGGCGAUGCACCCGGAUAGGUAG